AUGGAAGAUGACGACAAUAACCUGCAACAAUGCGUGCCGGAUGGCCCGCAGAGUCCUCUAUUGGAACCUGAGCGUUUAGUAUCAGUUGCUCCAGAAGCAGCUAUGAUCCCAAACCUCACGACAGCCUAUCUUAAUAGACUCAGAUCUAUUGAGGCAAGCAUUAGAUCUGCUAUUGCUAGCUGGGAUUCUAGCGCUAUAGGAUCUGUGCUACCCGCUAAGCGUUCAGCAUCUGAGAUCUCGAUUGAUAGUGAAGAUGAAGAUAACGAUAGCAACGAUGAAAAAUAUACAGUAGUACCUCCGCUUGACCUAACUCAACAGCGCCGUCCAAAGCUACCCAUCUACCAUCCAGGAUUUCAAAAGUCAGAACAUGAUGUUCAGAGUAUCUUGCGAGUAUUCAAAGACUUCUUGGGAGAUGCUACGAAUCAGGGUAUUGGUGGCGGAGAGGCUGCUUAUCUUCAUUCACAAGCUGUUAAAAAUUGCAUUAUUUCCUACCAGAAAGAGAUUCGGUUUGCAGUAACGGGAGAUACAGGAUCUGGGAAGUCUGCAACUACGAAUGCUUUGCUGGGUGACGACCUGACGCCAGAAGGUGAUAGUGGCAGUGCCUGCACCAAUGUGGUAACAGAGUUCCGUCAGAAGAAACUCUCCAACAACAUGGGUGCACAAUGGUUUAGUACCCAACAGCGAAUGAUGAGAGAUGAAGAGGACGUCGACGACGAUCGGGCACGCAAAGACGCUGCUCUGGAUUGCUUGAACCAUCUCUUCGCUCACCAUGUCGCACCUGUAUCCCUCGAUGACUUCAUGUCUGCAAGCAAAUCUUCGAAGGACAGUUCAGUACUCUUACAGCUCGUGAAAUGGACCGUUGAAAUACACGAGCAGUUUGUUCGGGAUGGCGAGCUCUUUGUCCUUCUCACGUCCAGCACUCACAGCGACAUGCGCGAACAGCUUCGCCCUUUCCGAAUGAAAGCACCAAACGCGCGUUUCAAUGGGAAACCGCUUUCUUUCAGCCCAUGGCCAUUUGUGGAGAUUAUCAGGUACUAUGUCGACAGCCCCCUGCUACAGGAUGGAAUCUGCUUGGCCGAUGUACCGGGCGCAAAAGACAUCAACGUAUACCGCGUUGCGGCCGCAGAAGAUUAUUUGCAGCAGUGCGAAAAGACGAUUGUAGUUGUCGACAUCAAGCGGGCCACGAGCGACCAAUCUUUUCGACAGCACUAUCUGGAUGCGCACCGUAGGCGACACCAUGGUAGUGUCAUUCUUGUGGCUACAAGAUCUGAUGAAAUGAAUGAUGACGGUGGCAGUACACUGCAACCGGAUGCCAUAGCGGAAGAACAGCUUGCCCCUAUCGAGGAAAAGAUAAGUGAACUCACCGGUAAGGCUCAGAUCAUCGAAAAUGACGUUGAGACCAACAAAAACAACAUCAAGCGCAUCAGAAGUGUCGGCAAUCAAAGCUCUGUCACCGAAGACGAUCGCUCGAAGGAGGUCUUGCGCGCCACCAACAAGGACCUGGUUACACGCAAAAAGGAGUUGAAGACAUGUAUUGUUUCCUUGGAGAAAGAACGUAGAGACAUUCGGAUCGGCUGCCGUAGCAGGUUUGUUGCUACGGGUCUGAACCGGAUGUACAGUCAAAAUACUGGCGACGAUGCGGGUGCUGCAUCUUUUUGUGUUUCUAACCGCAUGUACAUGCGGUACCGCCGAGGAUACAACACCGCGAACCAUGACAAGGUUCCGUCUAUGAAGUUGGAAGAUACGCAAGUCCUGGCGCUUUUUAAUCACAUUGCUGGACAGCCUUCCCAGGGAAAAGUCGCCGUUCUAGAAAACUUCAUUCAGUUCAAAAUCCCCAUGCUGCUAAGUAUCUUCCAGAUGAGCUGUAGCAAGAGCACAGAAGCCCGAGUAGAGCAUAUAACCAAGAUCCUGGACCAAACCAUCAAGGACAAGUUCGAUAGGAAGGCUGAGAGGAUACUCGAAGAGCUUGAAAAGAUGAAUGCUGCUUCGCAUAGAGCCCUAGUCAAAAAGCAAGGGAAAUAUUGUCAGAAGAAGCUGGGCAUCAACUGGGAUUUGAACGCUGCACUACUAUCAUCUGUAGUGUCCGAUAUCGACAGACCCUUUCGGAAAGUAAUUGAAGACGCACCUUCUUCAUUCAAAGCUCAGGCGGCGCAAACCAUCAAGACGAGCUUCCGUGAACUAAACAGGCAAUUGAAAGAUGAUCCACAGGCCCUAGUCGGAGAUGCGUAUAAGAUCUGCUUCGGCAACAAUGUCCUUGAUCAUGAAAAAAGCAUUACACUCAUGGUCGAAGCCGCCACGACGAAGCUUCGCCAAGGUCUCAUCGAAGUAUUCGGCAAAGCCAUCAAGCCUACCGAAAAAGGAUACAUGCAUAGAGAAAUGGAGUCCAUCUAUGUACAGGCCGAGCUGCAAAAACCCGGAAAACGCCAGAAGCUCAAAGAUGUCCGCCAUGCAUAUCUCAAAGAAGAAAUCCUUGGCCUCCAAGGUGUUUUUCCUAACAUUGCCGAACGGACCGAAGCAGACGUCAAGAAAAUCAUCAUUAGUACAUGCACUGAGCUCUGCAAAGAAAUGAUUGGCAUCCUCAAAAUUAUUCGGGAUGCUUUUCAGCAACAGAAGCAUAGUAAAGAGCAUGAUACGCCAGAAGGUCAGCGUUUCCGUAAGGAUCUGCACGAGUUGGUCGCUGAGGCAUCAAGGAUUUUGAAGGGCCCUGUGUGCGAGAGUCUGGAAAGGUGCAAGGAGUACAAAUAAGGCACCAAGUGCAUCUUGGGCUAUGAUAGUUUUGGGAAAUCGAGUGGGUGGCAUGGCGUGGGCGUUUUGGGUCACACGUGGUAUGCUUUUUGGGAGAGCACAACGGCCUUU